GCGCCGGAGCGUAUAAUUUUUAAUAUAAAACAAACAAACACCAACGCCGGUAGCUGCGUUUCACAGCAAUCAGCCUUAUUUAGGCACUUCCAACUGAUAACGAUUGCUUGUUAUCGUAAGCAAUGUAAUCGACGCUCUACUGACCCAUUAGGCAUUGGCCAUAUUCGCAGUACGGCCACAUUUGUGAUUUAUUAAACAAAAGACUAAAAACAACAAGCAACAAAUGAUAAUUUAAUAAUAAACAUAUUUGCAUAUGGCCUGGCAUCAACAUGAGUGCCAAUAACCGACCAUUAGCAAAAGGGAAGGAUGCAUUUGAUAGUGCAAUGGACGAGUCCGGCUACGCGUCCUUCCAAAUUGCACACUCACUGCUCAAUUCAACCGUGGAGGCGCCAUUUUUGACUGACGACACAGAAAACUGCCAAAAUGCAGGCAACAUCACAAACUGCACACACAAUCUGUACAAGAAUUUAACUUCGACGCAAUUCCAAACGCCAUGCAGCUGCUACACGGGCUCUGCAUCGCAAUGUUGCAAGCAAGUGAGUCCGCUGACGGCAACAAACAGCAGCGCCGCAGGGACUAGUGCGGACACAUCGCACACAUCACCGCUACCCAAUCAGAAUCACUUAGCCAGCAAGCGACGAAAGAUGCACUUCCAGGCAUCCCACAACAGUCCCAAGAAGUCCAAGAAGACGCUUUUCCAGCAGGACUCCAAACAGCGUCGCUUACACUAUAACGGAGUGGAGCACCUGGACAUUGUCGGUAUGAUGGCCAACAAUAUUCCGGCCCUGGAAUGCAUACUGAGCCACGUGAAUGCAGCUACGCUGGACAAAAUGACGCAGGUAUCGAGACAGUGGGCGCAAGCUGUCUACAAAAGUCCGCGUGCUGUCGAAAGACUGGAGAACCAUCGUCUGAAGAUGAAUCUGACCAAAGAGAAUCCCCGCAAUGUGAAAGUCAAGCGGCGCCGUACGCGUGCAAUGCUCAACAAUCAAACUGUGCCAUUAAAACCAUUCAAUGCCAUUACAAACGCAAGCCCAAACUCGCCACUGUUCGAGAAGGCUACCUCAAAUGACAUCCAAAUGAAGGACUUGGACAAAGGACAUGGUCCUAUGCUGGUAGAGCAAUCGCAACGCGUCAAGUGCCCGCGCUGCGGUAAAAGCAGUAAGGUGUAUCGCAAAGAAAUGAUAAAGGAGAACAACAUUGAAGAUUCCACCGCUGUCCUCUCCCGCACAAUGCCUAUUACACAGCCCUCCACUUGCGAGCGCAAAGCGCCUUUUACGCGCUUCUACUCGCUGGACGAGAUGCACCGAUCGCCGGAGGAGCCCACCACCGAUGCUGUGGAGACGUUCGCCGAGUGCACUGGCAUAUGUUGCAAAUUCCGUUUCUGCCUGCACUGCUUUUGCCAGUCUCAUCCUGGAGAGAAGUGCCUAGUCACCGAACUUGAUACACCUUCGAAGAUUGUGCAACUGCCCGAGAACGGGACGCCGCCCAAACGCGCCACAAAGAACGAUGCCAAGCUCAGUCGCAAAAAAUCACUCAAGCGUUUGUGCUUUUAAUAUUCAAACUUGUUCUUAUUUAAACGUAUGUAUGUAUGAAUCACCGAUUCCAGUUUUAUUUUAAAGUAUUUAGAAUAGUAUUGAAGUUCGCUUAAUGUCAUUGAGUUUUUAUUUUAAAUGUUCAUUCGUCAUUCAUUACCACCGUUUUUACUGCUCACAACAUUCUAAGGAAAUUUGUACCUUUGAGAUUAAACUUAUUUUAAGAAACUUUUAACAUUAAAUAAAGAUAUAAUGCUAUACCUAGA